AUGCUGUCCAACAGAUUGAAAAGAGUACUACCAAGUAUCAUUUCUGCUAAUCAGAGUGCAUUUGUGGUAGGAUGGACUAUUGUUCAAAACAUACUCAUAUGCCAGGACUUAGUCAGAUUAUAUAACAGGAAACAAACCACAAGUAGCUGCUUGAUCAAAAUAGAUUUGAAGAUAGCAUAUGACACAGUAGAAUGGGAUUUUGUUGAAGAGAUGUUAUAUGCACUGGAGUUCCCUCAGAAGUGCAUUAAAUGGAUAAUGAAUUGUGUAACCACUGUCCAGUACUCAAUAACUAUAAAUGGGGGUCUGUAUGGGAGUAUUAAAGGGAAGAGGGGACUAAGGCAAGAGGACCUAAUAUCCCCAUUACUUUUUGUGAUAUGCAUGGAAUGCUUCACUAGAAUAAUGAAUGUGGUAGCUGAACAACAGGGAUUUAAAUUUCAUACCAAAUGCAGAAGUUUAAAACUUAAUCACCUUUGUUUUGCAAAUGAUGUCUUGAUAUUCAGUAAGAGGGAUUUUCAGACUGUCUUACUGCUUUUGAGGGGCCUAAAAACUUUCUCUAAUGCUACUGGACUGUGUACAAAUACAACCAAGUCUAAUAUAUUCAGUGUUAACAUGCCAGUUCAGAGUAUGCAGGAUCUGAUAGAAUUGACAGGUUAUACCAAAGGGUCCUUACCUUUCAGAUACCUUGGAGUACCCAUGUCAGCUAAGAGAAUAUCAAAGAUGGAUUGUGAAAUGCUCAUUGAUAAAAUUACGGCAAGAAUUAGAAGUUGGGGUACAAGGUACUUUUCAUAUGCAGGUAGAGUCUUAUUGGUUAAUUCAGUACUUCUGCACAUACACAGCUACUGGUCAUCCAUUUUUCUUCUACCCAAGCAAGUCCUAAAAGGAAUUACUGCUCUGUGCAAAAAUUUCCUAUGGGAUGGCAAGACAGCAAUUAACAGAGUAACAUUGGUGGCUUGGGAUUUGGUAUGCAGGGCAAAGCGUGAAGGUGGAUUAGGAAUAACAGACUGCUUCAAAUAA